AUGGUAAGAUCAGUAGACCCUGAAUUGGAUCCUGUUUCGCACUACAAUCUAGCACUUGAACACUGGGCGCACUUUCAGCAGACGUGGGAGCGAGGAGAACUUGACAAGUCCAUUUUUCAUAGUCGCGUCACAGUCGAACUUUGUCCUGAGAGACAUCCAUAUCGCGACACAGCAUUGAACGACCUGGGAGGUUACCUUUACACGCGAUUCGAGCAAUAUGGGAGGAUGGAAGACCUGGAGGAGGCAGUUGAGCGUCAUCGUGCUGCGUUAGAACUUCGCCCUCAUGGCCAUCCUGAUCGUUCCUCGUCUCUGAGUAACCUUGGACUUUCCCUUCAUACUCGAUUUCGGCGGCGUGGACGGACUGUAGACCUUGACGAGGCCGUCGAGCAUCAUCGUGCUGCCCUGGAAAUUUGCUGUGAUGGUCAUCCCAAUCGUGCCAUGACUUUGAAUAACCUUGCAAUUUCCCUUCAUACUCGAUUUCGACAACAUGGACAGACUAAAGACCUUGAUGAAGUCAUUGACUACCAUCGUGCUGUUCUAGAACUUCGUCCAAAUGGCCAUCCCAAUCGUUCCAAGUCUCUGAACAACCUUGCGGCUGCGCUUCAUACUCGAUUUGACCUGCACGGACGGAUUGCAGACCUUGAUGAAGCUGUCAAGUAUCAUCGCGCUGCCCUGAAGCAUAUCCCGGAAGGCCAUCCUGAUCGUUCCACGUCUCUACAUAACCUCGCGAAUUGCCUUCACAUUCGGUUUCAACAGCAUGGACAGUCUGCAGACCUUUUUGAGGCCAUUAAGCAUCAUCGUGCUGCCCUGGAACUUCGGCCAGAUAGCCAUCCCAAUCGUUCCUCGUCUCUUUAUAACCUUGCAGAUACCCUUCAUACUCUAUUUACAUGGCAUGGACAAGCUGCAGAUCUUGACGAGGCCAUCGAGCGUCAUCGUGCUGCCCUGGAGCUUCGCCCCAAUGGCCAUCCUAAUCGUUCUGACUCUCUUAAUAGUCUUGCAAUCUCUGCCAUUACUCGAUUUGAACAGUAUGGGUUGAGUGCAGAUCUCGAUGAGGCCAUCGAACAACAUCAUGCUGCCCUGGAACUCUGCCCUGUCGGCCAUCCUAAUCGUUCCACGUCUCUUAACAAUCUUGCAGGUUGCCUCGCUACUCGAUUUGAACAGCAUGGACAGAGUGCAGACCUUGAUGAAGCUAUCAAGCACCAUCGUGCUGCCCUGGAACUUCGCCCCAAUGGUCAUCCCAAUCGUUCAUCGUCUCUGAAUAACCUUGCGGGCUGCCUUCUCGGACGGGCCACAGACCUUGACGAAGCCAUCAGUUACCAGUUUGCUGCUUCAGAGCUUAUCCCUAAUAGCCAUCCCAAUCAUCCUAUGACCCUACAUAACCUUGCAUGUUCUCUCCAAGCUCGAUUUGCACAAAAUGGACAGACUGCUGACCUUAUCAAUGCCAUUAAGUACCAUCUCACUGCUUUAAAGCUUGUUCCCAACGGACAUCCCAAUUGUUCCACGGCUCUACAUGAUCUUGCAGUUUCCCUUCAAACUCGAUUUGAACAAAACGGUCGGACUGCAGACCUUGAUGACGCUAUCAAACAUCAUCACGCUGCCCUGGAACUUCGUCCAAAAGGUCACCCUCAACGUUCCACGUCACUGGCGAGCUUGGGCUUAUCGUUGUACUCUCGAUUUAAGAAGUUCGGAGUCACAGACGACUUCGAAGAGUGCAUGCAAUUACUCGAAGAUGCUACCGAGCAUGAACUUUCAAGCUCAACAGAGCGUCUCAGGGUCGCAACUCUAUGGGCGGAGCUAGCUCAAAAACAUUCUCAUCACACCAUAUCCAGAGCGUACAAAGAAGCAAUGUUGCUUCUGCAACGUAUCCUUAUUGUUAGUCCUACUCUUGAUGCCCACCACAACCUUCUCAGCCAGAAACAAUACCACGGAACUCUCCCAUGUAACGCAGCGGCAUAUGCUGUGGAAGGGAAUAGGCUCGAAGAGGCUAUAGAGAUACUCGAGCAAGGAAGGGGCUUGCUCUGGGCGCAGAUGCGCGGACUUAGAACACCUUUAGAUCGCCUUGCCGAAGCGGACAAAGAGCUCGCCGACAGGUUCAGGGAAGUUAGUCGCCAGCUGGAGAGCCUUACGACAUCGCCGACUGAGUUGCAGGAUGGCUCAGGCACGAGGCGGCUCACUACCGAGCAGGAGCAGAUUAUCAAUGAGAUACGUCUACUUCCCGAGUUUGAGAAAUUUCUUGAAGCUACGCCAUUCAAGGUACUUCAGCAGGCAGCUUCAGAGGGUCCGGUGAUUGUGGUCAAUCAUAGCAUAUAUCGAUGCGAUGUACUCAUUGUCCUCCCCCGUGAGGAUCUGACGGUUGUCUGCGUCCCCUUGGAUGAAGAGUUCUAUGCUGAUAGCACACGGCUAUAUUGCGAACUUGUGGGAACGCGCUUAAGCUCUAAAGUUGACUCAGUAGAAUACGACGACACGCUACGCCGAGUGAUGAAGACAUUAUGGGAUAGGGUCGUCUCCAAAGUCGUCGACAAACUAAACGAACUCGAGAUUGCGGAAGGAUCGCGCAUUUGGUGGUGUCUAACGACCUUGCUGUCGGCACUGCCCUUCCACGCCGCUGGUCCGUUUGAGGGCAUAAACGGUACUUCCACAUAUCUAUUGGACAGGUAUAUCUCGUCAUAUGCACCAACCCUCGGGGCACUCAUUGAUGCACAGUCAUCCUGCGGAAGCAGGAAAGCACCAACUGCUCUCGUCAUUGGGGAUACUUCGCUUCCGUCCGCUAGGGAAGAGAUUCGCAAGAUCAAAAAUUGUGGCAUAAACCCCAAGCUACUCAGUAGCAAAGCAUCCCACGAUACUGUGACAACAGCACUUCGGAAAACCUCAUGGGUACAUUUCGUUUGCCACGGUGGAUUAAGUUCAAAGCCCUUAAACUCAUCAUUCAAAGUAUCCGAUCGUGGGCUGACUUUGCUCGACAUUGUCCAGACAAAUCUUCCGAACGCACAGUUCGCAUUCCUUUCUGCUUGCCACACUGCCGAACAGUCUUACAACGUUGCACACGACGAAGUGCUCCAUCUGGCUGCGGCGAUGCAAUUCUCUGGUUUCCGAAGCGUGAUCGGAUCGAUGUGGGAGCUACUUGAUGUGGAUGGGCCCUUUUUUGCCAAGACAGUGUAUGAGUACAUGUGCGACUGCGACGAGGGCGAGCUAAGGUACAAGCGUGCGGCUGCUGGACUUCGCAAGGCGGCGAUAGAACUGAAAGCACGAGAUGAUGUUCGGGUUGAGAGAUGGGUCAACUUGAUUCACAUAGGUGCUUGA